AUGGUCGCCUCUACAGAGCUCUCUGACUUUGUGCCUGUAUCGGACUGGCCUACCCUGGAAGAGCUGGUAGCCGGCUUUCAGGAACCCAUAAUGCCCGCAUCUUCAAAACUUGCCGGCAAGACAUUCAAUCAUGUUUUCGACAUAGGUCUUCGUAUAUCGCACCAAUUCCACGACUCAGAGACGCUCACUUGGAAGAUCCUCGAAAGAGACCAAGCCGGCGUCACCGGUGAUGCCCAGUACAAAGCCUAUGAAGUUCGAGCCGACAUCUACUUCGUUGAUUUCUACAAACCCGACUACAAGGAGCAGGUCAGCUUGAUUCUCGACAACACAACUGGCCAGGCGAUCGCGUGCGUCUCUGGUUUCAGCGACCAAACCAACGAGAGGAGAACAUGGACUAAGUUCUUCAACGCCAUCAAAAAUGACCAUGGUGACGUCAAACCAUAUGAGACUACCGAGGAGCUCAUCGGCAAGCACAUUCUGUACCGCUAUAGUCCUCGCGAUGCCUACGAGCAUGUCGACCUCAACAAAGACACUCCCAUGUGGCACUGCCUCAGCGGCACAGAAAAGGGACUCGCAGACGCAGAGCUUUGCAGGAUGCUGAAGCUGAGCGAUAGCCUGUACUUGUUGUUUUGGACAGAGACUAUUGACGGGUGGUUGGUCCAAGGAUCCCGCGGGAGAUGGGGGAAAGAUAUGGGACGUCCAGCAGAGAGAUAUUGGGCCCGGAAGGUGUUGAUCUUAAUCUUUCCGAGAUAA